UGUCCGCCGCUCGCCUACACGACUCACGAGCAAUGCUCGCACCGAAUCGCGACAAUUUCGACUUCCAAUAAUAAUAUUAUGUGCAAUUUUGCGCGCCGCAAUCUAAGUCAUAUAGGAUACAAUUGUUUUAGUUUUAGCACCGUGUGAAAAUGUAUAGUGUACUUUUGUUUACGGUCGCGGUUGUGUUACUUAAAGGUUUCAAUGCACAGGAUAUUUUAACAGUCGAAGCAGUUUUAGGAAAUAGUGUCGAGUUACCAUGCAACGUGACGGCGGAGAACCCAGGUGACAGACUCAACAUCCUGGCCUGGUACAGAAACGGAUCCACGACCGCCUUUUAUAGCAGUCGAGACCUUCGCGGUGCGGGCGGAGUGAUGUCUUCGGGCGAACGAUACCGCCUUGUGGCCUCGGAGGGCGAAGGUGUGGACAAACUACAGAUCCUGAAAGUUCGACCUGCGGACGCUGGCUUCUAUCGAUGCCAUGCAGAUUUCGCGUCGAGUCCCACACGCAAGACCUACUUACAGCUGAACGUUAUCGAGCCUCCGCAAAAGCUUUGGGUGAUAUAUGAAAACGGAACGUGCGUUACUACGGCGAGCAUGGGAUCCAACGCGAGUGGCAACAUUGGCCCUUUUUACGUCGGUGAUACAAUUUACCUAUUCUGCGUCGCUUUCGAAGGCAAUCCCACACCUUCGUUGUCCUGGUGGACGGGUCAGCGGCUUCUGAAGGACACAGCGACACCGCUCUCUAAGCAACGCGUUCGCAGCGACCUCAGGUACGGUCCGCUGCUACGAGAGGACCACGGCCGAGUGUUCACCUGCUUCGCGAAAAACAACGAAAAUACACCGCCACUUUCAAUCGACGUUGCCAUUGAUAUGUACUUACCACCCCAGCUAGUCUCAGUGCGGGUGGCGGGCAGUAAAGCCGACUCGGUCUCUGUGGGUCGAGUGCGAGCCGAUGAGCCGCUUGCGCUUCAAUGCAGAGUCCUCGGCGCAAGGCCGCUGCCUUCUGUCGUCUGGAGGCUGGAUGACGCUCAGCUGGUCAAUUUGGAGCAAAAUACGACGAUAGAAUCGUCCCAACGCCUGGUCGUAAGCGAAGUCCAGCUCAGCAUCACACAUGAGUACGACGAGUCGCAGGUGACUUGCUGUGCCCCAGCGUACAAACGCGACACCGAGGAGUUCAUCUGCGCCUCCGCUCUGCCGCUCACUGUGCUGUAUCCACCAGUUUUACAAAUCGUCGUGGAGGAAGCCUUGGAGAACUACACAUUGGCAGUCGUUAAAGGUUCUAACGUAUCAUUGAAUUGCAGUUAUCAGGCAAAUCCGUCCGUUCAUCAACUAAUUUGGUUUCAUAAGGAAGAUAUAAUUACCCAAAACUUACAAAAUACUGAGACGGCAAUCGCGCCCGCACUGACCUUGACUUCCGUAAGUGAAAAAGACUCUGGCGAUUAUGUGUGUGCUGCUACAAAUGACGUCGGGUCCAGCUACAGUGAGCCUAUUAUCAUCGAUGUCACGUACCCACCAUUUUGUGAGGACGAAACCGUAGUUGAAUAUGGUGUCGGAGACAACGAAUGCCUGAACUUAACUUGUAAAGUGAAAGGCAAUCCGGAACCCUCAUCGUACCAAUGGCUGCUGAUAAGCGAAGUCAAUGGCAGCAAACUACGAAGCAACCACUCAAUUGCACUAGAAACAAAAGACUCAUUCUUGUCAUACGAAAGGCCUAAUGGAACAAACGCUCUAAUAUAUUGCUGGGGGUUGAACGGGAUCAUAAACAACGAGCUUCAGCCGAAGAGGUGUACGUUUAUGAUCACGGAUGAAACGGCUCCGCGAUCGCCGACGAACUGCGAGGCGGUCAAAAAUGAACUGAAGGAAAUCACUGUCAUGUGUGAAGAGGGCCACGAUGGAGGAAUACAACAGAAGUUUAAAUUUAUAGUGUAUUCUUUGGACUCAGAUGAACAACUCGUUUCUAUUAUAAAUCAGGAGCCGAAGUUUAUGAUUCAAGAACCUAAACAAGCUAACUACAAGUUCGUUAUCAUUGCAUUUAACGAGAAAGGUGACAGCGAAAGUGUUGAAAUUGAAAAGGCCAAUAUCAUUGAUGAAAAUAAUGGCGGAGCGGAGACUAUAAGCGCAGUGACCAAUAUAACCACGCUUGCGCUAUCCCUCUGCGGUGGAGUUGCCUUGUUGGCGUUGGCGGCUUGCGGUCUUGUGUUGUGCGCACACGAACGCGGAUCCCGCCCAGACAUCCCGCGUGCGUUACAAGAUCCACCUCUCUGCGCUUUUAAUACUGAUGAGACAUGUGAAACCUAUAACGACAGCGAUGAUGGCAGCGAAUUUAAUGUUAGACGAACAGAAUCCUUCAGACGGGCCAUGGCGAAGUACCCCCCUAAGAAUUACGACGUAAGGAGAACCAGUUCGUUCCACUCGGCACGUUACAUGCACGACAAGCAAGAACACGACGCACCGAAAAUUAACGACUUGUCGAGACACAACGCAAGCUGCCGGGUGCAUUCGUUACAGAAUAUCAGUAGGAAAAGAGAGAUGGAUAUGCUUUGUGACCAUUUAGUGAUGCAUCUGCCGCCUGAAACCAGCUACAAUGUACCCAAACCGAUGAACACGUUUUACACAAUGCCAAGGAAAAUGCGUCACAAAGCCGCUAAAGAAAUAAGCGACGAAACAUCUGAACUCACCCAAAACUCCGACGGUUUUUCACUGCCGCCACCGCCAGACGAAUUCGGCACCUAUCGAGCGGCGACAAGAAUUAGGGAUAUGCCUUCAAAAUCAACACCCACUUACACCGCAAUAGCAAGGCAUAAUUCCACAAACAAAGAACCAACAAAGUAUAAUAAUGUCAUAAUUUCCCCAAUGAACACUGUGGGCCUGCCAAGUAUUAGUGGAACGCAGAACAGUGUGUAUACUUAUCCGGACGAUCAUCAUCAGGUAACCACAAAUCCUUUCGAUGAUUCCCCAUAGUGCAAUUUCUAGAUAGUGUUAAUAACUCCUUUAUUUUUCCAAGGACUUGCAAACUUGUGGAUUGUUCCAAAGUAAAUAUACGUAUAUUUAAUAUUUUUAUAUUGUAAAAGUUUCUAGUUGUAUACUCACUUGGUAAAAACGCAUUGAUUUAAAUAAAAAUCAACGUAGGCACAAUGUUAUUUUAUUUACAAAAAUAGAAUCACAACAGAUUCCGACUAGCGGAAUCGCUUCAUAUUUAUUUAUCACAUGCACAUAAUUAAAUUUAAGUUACUAAUACAGCAUUGUUUCGAAUGUAUAUAGCACUUAAAAUAGGAAGAAGAAAUUAAUGAAGAAUGAUUAAUUUAUCAGUCACUGCCACAUAUUACAUAGUAAUUUUACAAAUUGUUUUAAGUUUAAGUAAAAAAAAAUAACUUUUGUAAUUGUACUGGAAUAGAUAUAAUAAAUAAUAUGUCAACGUUGCCUUUAUUAAAAUGAACCUGACUUCGUCUUAACAAAUUU